GGAUUUCACUUAUUUCCGUUGCACGAAUUUGAUUGAGGCGAUGCAGAAGAUUGCGAGGAAAUGGAGGCAGCCUCGAGGCGAUUUUCACCACGAGGAAGAAGAUAAUUUUUUUCUUCCUACUCGAGACGAUUCUCGACCUAUCUACUCUCACGAACAAGAGGAACUGGUUCGGAAGUUCGAGAGAGCUCAAGCUCAGCAAUCUCUCAUGUGGAGGAGUGUUUUCGCCGGGCUCUUGUUCUGCUACGUUGGAUUCCUCAUUUUCUCAAUCUAUCAGCAGGCGUAUUUUCCAUGGGAAUUGCGACAUCAUGCUUACUUUAUGUAUGAAGUUGACCCUGGUAGCAUCAUAGUUGCAGAAGGGGCAGCUAUUUUGGUGUGCUUAAUGACCAUGAAAGGUAUAAUGCAUCAUAAUUCAAAGUGGCAGAGGCAUUGGCUUCGGUGUUCUUGCUGGACUGGCGUCUUGUUGGCUAUGUUUUGGUUGCAUUAUAUGCUGAGAUUGGCAAAGUUUAGAUGGGAUAUUUUGUGGCUUCCAUUUGGGCCAGUAAGUGGAGCUGGGAUCUGCCUGUACGUGGACUCUUUGCUUAAUGAUUCAUCGGAAGAAGUGAAAAAGCUUAGAAGUUAUAUGUAUUCCUACAAGGCAAGUUAGUGCGUGGAUGGAUAUGCACGCAGUAGUUUUGCAUUUUUUCCUAGAGCUCAUUACCUGCUUACCCACAUUCGGAAACAGCAUGCAUGCAUCCCAAGUCACAAUACAUUCUUCUAUGUGAUUAGUGACCGUUUUAUUAGGGAAACACAAAUUCUUGCUUGAGUUUCUCUAAAUAUUUCUUCUUUAAAUUGAAUGAUCAAAUCCUUGGUGGUUUGGGAGUUUCUUCUGUGGUUACUGGUAAGGGGUAGGAUUAUGCUAAAUUUUAUUAAGUGGAAAUUUUAUACUACAUAUGUGUAUGUGUGUAGACUUUGGUUCAAGUAAAAGCGUUCCUCCCAUAAAAUAAGAAUGGACCGAAGUACUUCAAGUUUGAUGUAUUGAAUGGUUGGAUCUUUGCAAGCUAGCGGG